AUGCUUGUAAACCAUGUUGUUCUCAUCGCGCUGGCCGCGAACAUCGCAAGUUUCACAGAGUGCACUUACACUGUGACUGACAGCAAAGAUUCAAACCUAAUCGUGGGAAGCAUCGGCUUCAAGCGGCUCUCAGAGAUCACUGAGCUCUGUGAAGCCAACGACGACUUCUUGUUCAGGACAAAGGACGUACAGCUUCGCAUGAAUUCGGAUAAGUUCGAGUGUCUGUCGAAGAUCAGGUUCAACGGCGCCCUCAAGACGACGACCUUGACGUCCCUAUCGGUCAAGCAAUGGUACAUUGUUGUGUAUAUAGCUGAUUCAACUGUUAGGACCCUAUGGGAAGUGGACAGGUUCAACCCCAAGGAUAAAGUUAACUGGAUUCCAGAUAAAAUCAGCUCAUGCGGCAACUCUGGCGACUCGUUUCUCGGUGGACCAUGCUACCUUGCGGCUGGCAGUGUGAAGCGGUUCUAUAACAACCUGCCCACUCACACUGAAAUAAAAAUUACUGGGCGGGUUCACUUCUUUGACGAGUGGAACGGUAUUUUCAAUGCCCACAUCAGUCAUUUAGGCGAGUCUGUGCUGCUCAAGGUCAACGACAGUGUGCUUUGGAGCGAGUCCCACAACUGGUGUCCCAGCGUCACCGACUCCGUUUGCAGGAGGUUUGGAGUAGACGUUUGCGGCACAGAGUACCCGGAUCGCCUAUCGGUCAACUUUGAUGUGUCAAUGCUACAUGACUCGGGCUCUCUCGUCGUCGAGUUCUCGAGCAGCCUGGACUCCAAAACUCAGGCCUGCGAGGUCUCUUGGGGAAUUGAUGAUAUAGCUUUACAUGUACGAUAG